AUGGUUACCGCCGUCAUUCGCAAGCCAGGUCAAGACAGACAAUUUUACUUCUUCUCGGGCAUAAAGUAUGCCACUAUCGAGCUUGAUAGUAACUUUCAGGACAAGCUCAUUAGGGCCCCAUACUUCGUGCGUGAGGAAUGGUCCACAUUCAGAGAAGCAAACUGGGGUAGUGCCGACGCUGUGACCCAAGUUCCUGGCGUUCCGAACUCCUUCUACGUGUUUGCCGGAGGCCACUAUUUCCGAGCCACCAUCGACCCCAAUAGCCUGAAGGACACCCUUCAGUACAGUGGUGUCAAGACCAUCGAGUCGGAAUGGAAGCCUCUGGUGGAUGCUGGAUUUGAUACCGUGGACGCGGCCAUUCCUGAUCCCAGAAAUGAUGACAUUCUGUUUUUCUUCCGGGGCACACAGUCUUUGAAGUACAGCUACAAGGAAAACAAGGUUGUGGCGGGACCAAAGCCAAUCACCUCCUACUGGCCUGGUAUUGGUAAAGCCGGCUUCGACUCCAUCGAUGCCAUCUUCAAGACCCCCAAUGGCAGCAGCUAUUACGUUUUCAAGGGCGACCAGUAUGCACGGAUUUCAUGGGAAGGAGGUUGGGAUACUGUGGAGGUUAACCGAAGGAUCACCCGUGAGCACUGGUCUGCUUUAAGCUGGAUUUAA